AUGCUUUGUAAGUCCCUGAAAUCAACCUUAUUGCUCUCCAAAGGCAAACUGUUUUCCACCAUGUCUAUACCAAACUUACCUGCAAACCAGAGACUGGAUGGGCCGAUAAUUGCCAAGAUUAAUGCCAAGAUUAAAGAGAAUUUCCCCGAUCUGACACAUUAUCAAAUAUUCAAUGAUUCCUAUAAGCAUGCCUCACAUGAACCAAUGAGUACAGCAAAGAAUACCACUGAAUCACACUUGAGGUUAGAGGUUGUCAGUGAUAAAUUUCAAGGUAUGCCCUUAGUGAAGAGACAUAAGUUAAUUUAUUCGUUGUUAAAGGACGAGAUUGAGGUAGAUGAAGUACAUGCCCUGCAAUUAACAACUAAGAUUAGUAAAGAAUUCAAUAAAUAA